AUGGCCAUGUCCUUGGAGAAGGCGCUUCUCAUGGAUACAACCCAGUGGACCGUGGUCACCAUCGCAAAUACCGUUUUCGAGGACUACGUCCUGGGCGAUAUCCUUGAAGACACUCUUGAUCGACUCGAACGGCAGGCAAUGGAGAUCGAAGGGGUUGAUUAUGACCAACAAGGACACGAGGCGGCCGCACAGAACCUUAGAGACCGCAUUUGCCGGGUCUGCGAUGCGGGGCUGCCGACCGAGCUUUUGCGGGAUAUUCACUGCAAGAACGACUUCAUCAUCUGCAUGAUCCUAGAGAAGCUUCCCAGCGUCAUUAAUGGGCGGUUGGACCUAUUGGCCCAGACCAACUACGUCUGCGUGAGCCCAAAAGACAUGGUCAUGGAGCUUAUGGGAAAUAUUCACGAGGAGCUGAGUGACGAAUUCGGGAACGACUUUUCGCUGCUUCCCCAAGUUGGAGAGCAAUACCGCAACGCAACAGGGAUUGUUCUCCGCUCGGGGAAAAAGCUCUGGACCGGAGUUGGACAAGUGCGGGCAGUCGUCUGGGGAGAUUCCCCAUAA